AUGGACUCAGGAGUUGAGUUUCCUGGUUUUCAGAUUUACAGUCAUAAAGAUGAGUUUGUGUUCAGAAGGUCAAUGAGUAGGCUACAAAAGAGAGCACCAUGUCCACUUCAGAUAAAGCCUAAUGAGAAGAUAAUAUCCUCUCCUUGCAGUGGAGCACAGAACUCAAUGGGUGCUGCUUCAACUUCAUCUUCAUUAAACUCCUUCUUCACUAGUAAAGAUCCCAUACCUCUUCUUUCUCCUCUUGUGGUGCUUCAAUCCACAUCCAUUAGAGAAGAAAACACUGCAAAAUCCCAUUGA